AUGUUGAAGAUGAAGAAGUUCUUCGGGUUUACUGGCCCUGGUGAACAACAGCCUAAUGGAGCCUCUAAUGUUGAACAACCUAAUGGCUCCAGUACUGGUAAACAACCUAAUGGCUCUAGUACUGGUAAACAACCUAAUGGCUCUACUGGUAAACAACCUGAUGGCUCUACUGGUAAACAACCUAUUGGCUCUACUGGUAAACAACCUAUUGGCUCUACUGGUAAACAACCUAAUGGCUCUACUGACGGUGAACAACCUAAUGGCUCUACUGGUAAACAACCUAUUGGCUCUAGUAGUGGUGAACAACCUAAUGGCUCUACUGGUAAACAACCUAAUGUCUCUACUUGUGAACAACCUUAUCGAUCUGGUUCUGAUAAGCAACAAAAUAAUGGGUCUAAUACUAACAUAUUCACAGCCCCAUUCUCAGAAAAGAAACAUAUCCAUAAAGAUCAACACCAGUUUGACCAGGCUUCCCAAGUAUUAUUGGAAGUAGAUCUUCACAUCAAUAAUGAAAAUAUUUCCGAUGAAAAGAAAAACCGAGAACAAAAUAAUCCCUCAAUUGAACCUACUCAGCAUCAAUGUGAGGGUAGUGAAGCUGAAACUGAGCCCACCUUGAAUGAUAUUGCAGAUCGUAUCAAGAAGGCAGAUGCAGAAUUAGAAAAACUCAAAUUAAGGGAAAAGUUGUUAGAGGACCAAAGGCAUAAAGCAGAAGAAGAAGAGAAAGAGAAGUUGUCUAUGUACGAAAAGGAACAAGAAGAGAUAGAGAUUUGUGCAAUGACUGAAGAAAAUGAAAUGGACAUUCAAAUGCUCAUGGAACUUGAUGAGCUGAAGAAAGACGCCAAGAAAGAAAUAGAGCUGGCAGAAACGUCUAAUAUAAAUUAA